AAUAGAUCCACAACUACACGCGUCUACCCCUUUUCUUCUUCCCAGAGGUUGUGAGUAUGAACAUCAAUGGAUUUGGAAGCCACAAGGUCAUGCACAGAUGACGAUUGUGAGGGGCACACGGGGAAGGAAAGGGACGAAGUUCUUAAAAUAAACCUCACAGGAUAUGGAUAGCUGCAGGGGCUGCAUCCCGUCACCAAGGCUCCAAGGAAGUGCGAGAUUUAGCAACUUCCACAUGCAAUAUACCGGAUGAAAUAUGUGACACUUCGGAAGGAUGAAAAGGUCUCGUCAGAAUGAGGAUAUAGUUAGACCUACAUAUUAAAGGAAUCCAUGGAGUUCAGCAUAGCUCUCUCAUCAGACUAUUCAGUUUCGUUGAUCCAGUCGAGGCUGACAUUAAUGUCAGGAGGUGAGGCUGGGCAAAAAGGUUGGCGCCGAAGCCGUGUGCCUAUUUGUCGGCACGCUUCAAUAAACGACAGGAAUGACUUGAAGCGCGUCUUGAACGCAGCACAGCCUUCUUGACGCGACUCUUGACCAACAGCACUUCGAGAUUUUGGCUGUGGCGCUGGUAGGAGUUAGGAGAGACGAUCAGAAGUGUCAGUUGUUCUAAUUUUAGGACUGCGACGAUGGCGCAAGGUGAAGAGAAGGAUGGUGAAAAGGUGGUGACUGCACGUGAUCGUUUCCAUCACCCGUUCACGCCGUAUGCCAUCCAGGAGACGUUUAUGGAGACGGUUUACCAGGUACUGGAAGAUGGGAAGGUUGGCAUUCUGGAGAGCCCUACUGGAACUGGCAAAUCUCUGAGCUUAAUAUGCGGUGCUCUCACUUGGCUCCGAGAUCACAAGGCCAAAGCAUUCGAAGAAGGACUCAACUGGAGCAAUGACUCCGAUGAGCCAGAAUGGAUCAUCGAACAAGCCAAAGCACGUAGACGUAGAGAGCUUCUCCGCAAUCGAGAGGACAUGGAAGUCAGACUGGCCAAGAUCCGAGCUAAAGAGAAGGCACAACGCGACAAAUAUCUGAAAGGAGAUCAAAGCUUCAAGAGACGGAAGGUUGAAACUGAGAACGAUGACGAUGAUGAGGAACAGUUUGUCUUAGACGAUUACGAUAGUGAUCGCGAGCAGAGUGGAAGUUCAACGAGUGGACUCUCGGCUAAAACAUUGGAGUUAAUGAGCAAGAUUGGAAUGGGUCCGACAGCUAUGACAGAAGAAGAUGAAGAUAUCGAAGACGAAACCAAGGUAUUCUAUUGUUCACGGACACAUUCCCAACUCACGCAAUUCAUCAAUGAACUUCGUCGUGUACGCUUUCCACCUUCGAUCAAAGACGACACCACCAAACCUACGGACACAGAAGACCUGAAACACCUCACCCUCGGCUCUCGCAAGAAUCUAUGCAUCAACCCAAAGGUUAACAAACUAUCAUCCUUGACAGCCAUCAACGAGCGCUGCUCAGAACUCCAACAGUCAAGCACACCAAAAGAGCACAGAUGCGUAUUUCUCCCCAACCAAGAGAACCAAACUCUCGUCAACACUUUCAGAGACCAUUCUCUUGCUACUAUCCGGGAUAUCGAGGACAUGGGCGAACUCGGCAAACAGAUUGGAAUUUGUCCUUACUAUGCCUCCCGAGCUGCCAUCAAACCAGCUGAGAUCGUCACUUUACCUUACCCGCUUCUUCUCCAAAAGAGUGCUAGAGAUGCAUUGGGGAUCAGCUUGAAAGGUCAUAUAGUCAUCAUUGAUGAAGCUCACAACUUGAUGGAUGCUAUCUCUGGCAUUCACGGAGUGGAGGUCAGCUUGAGGCAACUGAAGAGAGCCCGAGCGCAGUUGGGCGUGUAUCUACACAAGUUUCGAAACCGACUAAAAGGCAAGAAUCGGGUGUAUGUUGCGCAAGUGGUGAGAGUCAUCGACUCCUUGGCUGGAUAUUUGGAAAGCCGACUGGCAUUUCCGAAACAAGACGGCAUCGUCACGGACAAGGAUCUCCUCUCUGGCAACGGUGUCGACCAAAUCAAUCUUUUCAGACUGAUCAAGUACCUGCAAGAAAGCAAACUCGCUCGCAAAGUCGAAUCCUACGCCCUCCACACGGAAAUACAAACCUCACAAUCCAACACCUCAUCAGCAAAGUCCUCGGAGCAGAACACAUCAACAUCAACCCCAGUCCUCCACCAUAUCUCCUCUCUCCUUUCCGCCCUCACCCACCCGUCCAAAGAAGGCCGCCUCUUCUACGCUCUCUCCCCAAUACCCACAUCCCCUGACCUCAUAUCCCUCAAGUUCCAACUCCUCGACCCCGCUCCUCACUUCCAGACCCUCGUCUCCUCCGCGCGAGCCGUGAUACUCGCCGGUGGCACAAUGUCCCCCAUGAGCGACUACACUUCCCAUCUCUUCCCAUACCUGCCACCAUCACGUAUCACCACACUUUCCUGCGGCCACGUCAUCCCAAAAGAGAACCUCCUAGCUUGGAAUCUGAGCCAAGGGCCAACAGGUCAGACCUUCGAUUUCACGUUCAAGAACAGAGCGAAUUACGAGAUGAUUGAUGAUCUUGGACGUGCGCUGCUCAAUAUCUGCUCCGUCGUCCCAGAUGGUGUAGUUGUAUUCUUCCCGAGCUAUACAUCUCUCGCAUCCAUAAUCUCGUGCUGGGAAGUUGUCCCCCCAUCUUCAACCAACUCCCUUUCAGAUACACCACCACAAUCUCUCUUCCAGCGUCUUGCAACCAAGAAAUCAAUCUUCAAGGAGAGUAAAGACGUCAGCGUCGACAACGUCCUCACAUCCUACGCCGCAGCCAUCGAUGCCGGGAAAGGCGGCUUGCUAUUCAGUGUCGUAGGCGGUAAGAUGAGCGAAGGGAUCAAUUUCUCAGAUGCGCUCGGCCGAUGCGUUGUCAUCGUUGGGCUACCAUUUCCGAAUAUCAAUUCCGCGGAGUGGAAAGCAAAGAUGGAAUAUAUCGAGACUUCGACUGUUGAGCGUCUCCAAGCACAAUCACAGUCACAAGCCGCACCCAAUCCCGAAUCUGAAUCCAAGUCCAUUCCUCCUGACAAUCGAGCAGUAGAGAGUUUGACGAAAGACGAGAUGUCCAAAAAGGGCAAAGAAGAAGCCCGCGAAUUCUACGAAAACGCAUGCAUGCGCGCCGUCAACCAGAGUGUGGGCCGUGCAAUCAGACACCAGGGUGAUUACGCGGCUAUCGUGAUGGUUGAUCACAGGUUUGAGGGGGAGAGGGUCAGAGGAAAGUUGCCAGGGUGGAUUAGGGAGGGGUUGGUGGAGGGGAGUGCGAGUAAGGGGUUUGGAGGGUUGAUGGGUCCGUUGGGAGGUUUCUUUAGAGGGAAGAGGGAGAAGAUUGUGGGGUGAGGAAAGGGGAGAGUUUUUGAGGUGUCUGAAUGGUUUGGUUUUGGGCAGAUGGCAUGGGUGAAUGAUGUUGCUGGAGCGAAUGUCAACCUGGUGCUCAAGUGUCGUCGUUCUUCAUCUAGCAAGCCUUAGAGGUCAAUCAAUAUCUUCCUCCAUGAUAUAAUUGAGUAGAGUUUGUAGUACUAGAACGAAAAUGUGAC